AUGAAGCUCUCUGCCAUUCUCGCCAUCGGCCUUGCCUCCCUCGCGGCCAGCCAAUCGAUCAACGACGUCCCCAAGUGCGCCGUCCCCUGCCUCCAGAAUGCAGUGAAGAGCGAGACCAACUGCGGCGAGAGCGACUUCAAGUGCGCCUGCAAGGGUGACAACUACAAGAAGGUCCAGGCCGCUGCUACGGGCUGUACCGUUAAGGCUUGUGGUCAGAAUGUCGCCGUCGAACAAGUUCUUCCUGCUGUUAAGAAGCUCUGUGGACAAUAG